UAAGGAGGGGGCGAGAUGGUCAUAGCAUCAGUUGCUCUGUGUGUUCUGACGAAGCUACCAAACCAACAUGAAAUCUUUCGCUUGCAUCGUCCUCCUCGCAGCGGCGGCCGCGGCGGCCCCGGGCGCCGGGCAGCGCGACAAGCGCGGCUACCUGUCCGGCUGGUCCUCGCUGGACCACGGCCUGGACUACGCGCCCGCCGCCUACAGCCUGCAUGAGCCGCUGCACCUGAGCGUCGCGCCGGCGCACAAGAUCGUCUCCUACGACAAGGUCGUGCAUGAGCCCAAGAUCGUGGAGGUGAAGAAAAUCGUGUCCGUCCCGAAGGUGGUGACCAUUCCCAAGGUCGUCUCCGUGUCGAAGAUCGUGGAGGAGCCCCAGAUCAUCAGCAGCUACGGAUCUCUUGGAUCUCACAGCAGCUACGGAUCCCUUGGAUCUCACAGCAGCUACGGAUCCAUCGGAUCCCACGGCUGGUGGUGAACAACCAACUAAUUAUAGGAAAAUUUAAUAUAUUACAUUUAAUUUA